AUGGCAAUGCCAUCGGGAAACACGGUCAUGCCGGACAAAUUGCAGUUUUCUGUUGGCGGUGGUGCCGCAGGUGGCGGUAGUGAGAUCCACUAUCGCCACCAGCAGUGGUUUGUGGACGAGAGGGAUAGUUUAAUCGGUUGGCUUCGCAGCGAAUUCGCGGCUGCGAAUGCCAUCAUAGACUCCUUGUGCCACCAUUUGCGUGUUGUUGGUGAGCCUGGGGAGUAUGACAUGGUUGUUGGGGCAAUUCAGCAGAGGAGGUAUAAUUGGACGCAGGUGCUGCUUAUGCAGCAGUACUUUUCUGUGUCUGAAGUUGUGUAUGCACUGCAGCAGGUAGCCUGGAGGAGGCAGCAGAGGUUUGUGGAUCCGGCGAAGGCCGGCUCCAAGGAGUUUAGGAAAUUCGGUUCGGGGUUUAGGCAAGGGCAGCACAGGAAUGAGGCUUCGAAGGAAGGUUAUAAUUCUAGGAAUGAAGCUGCCAAGGAAGGUUAUAAUUCUAGUGUAGAGUCUUUUGGUCGCGAGGUGAACGCCGUGGUUGGUGCUGGAGGUGUGGAAAAAGGGACUCGUGUGAUUGAUAAGAAUGGUGAACUUAACUCUGAUGGCAAGGUUGGGACCAUGGAUAACAAUAAUAUAGCAUCUCCUGAGGAGAGGAAAGAUACUAUUACAAAUCAUCACUCUGAUGUGAUUUUGAAUGACUCUGGGAACUCUCAAGGAUCUCUGUCUAGCUCAGAAUGUGAAGCUGUGGGUGUAAAUGAAGAAUGUCUAUCAAAUUCUAAAGGGAAUGAUUCUCAUUCUUCGCAAAAUCAACAUCCGAGUCAGAAUGCUUCUACCAUGGGAAAAACUUUUAUUGGCAACGAGAUGUUUGAUGGGAAGAUGGUGAACGUGGUUGAUGGACUGAAGUUGUAUGAAGGUUUAGUUGAUAUUACUGAAGUUUCAAAACUUGUUUCCUUGGUCAAUGAUCUGAGGGUUGCUGGUAAAAGAGGACAAUUUCAAGGAAGUCAAACAUUUGUGGUAUCAAAGAGGCCCAUAAAAGGACGUGGGAGGGAAAUGAUUCAGUUGGGUGUUCCCAUUGCUGAUGCACCACCAGAUGUGGACAAUAAAGUAGAAUCUAUGCCUUCUUUGUUCCAAGGUAUUAUUGACCGCUUGGCUGCCUCGCAAGUUAUGACUGUGAAGCCUGAUGCUUGCAUUGUGGAUUUCUUUAAUGAGAUACUGGAGAGGCACUUCAAGUCCCUUCUGGUGAUGCAAGGGAAAUCAACUGAUUUAGCCAAACAUGCACUUCCUUCUAUUCACAAACAACGCAUACUUGUGACCUUCACAAAGUCCCAACCAAAAAGUUCUCUACCAAAUGAUUCUCAACGAUUUAGUCCGCCGGUGGCAUCUCAUUGGGCACCACCACAGAGCCUAUCUCCCAAUCACAUGCGCUUGGGCCCGAAGCAUUAUCCCACUGUUCCAGCAACCGGAGUACUGCCAGCUCCAUCCAUACGAGCACCUCCAAAUGGUAUGCAGCCAUUAUUUGUGCCAGCGCCAGUUGCACCUCCCAUUUCAUUUCCUACACCUGUGCCAAUCCCACCUGGUUCAACUGGAUGGGCCUCGGCUCCUCAGAGGCAUCCACCUCCUCGAAUGCCUGUUCCCGGCACAGGGGUCUUCCUCCCUCCACCUGGCUCAGGUACUACUUCAUCUCAACACUUAUCAGGUAGCAUACCUGAAGUGAACCCUAGCAUGGAAAGUUCGACCUUGUCGGGAAAGGAAAGUGUGAAAUCAAAUCAUAACACCACAAAUUCUUCCCCAAAAGGUAAAAUGGAGGGAACUGUGCUAGGGGGGCAAGAAUGCAAUGGAAAUGCACAUGGAACUGAAGGUGAACAAGAUGUAGUAGGGAAAGAGCACGAAAGCAAUGACACGACGGAUGCAAGCCAUUGA